GAAGAAUAUGCUUUUUCAGUGGACAAAAAAACUCACGAUAGAAAGAUAAGACUUUGUACUUAUUUGCAACGAUGGCUUUAAGCGCAAUAACAGCUUUGGAAUGUUGGAACAAUGUUGCAACCAUUCGAUUCAGUGUUGCAACAAUGUUGUAACCCUCUGUUGUGCUGAAAACCGUCAUCGCUAAUCGUCCUGUGCAACAUCAUCUUAAAUGAGCCAUAUUUUUUUAAUUUCAGAUUGAAGAUGAGAAAGUAGCUCAUAUUUAUUCAGUCAUUAUGCUUCAAAGACUGGACAAAAGAAAGGACAGAGUGGAAAUUUCACCUGAGCAGCUGUCAGAUGCCUCCACACAGGCAGAGGUAAAAGCAUCUGAAUAGAGAAUGAAUUACAGUUGAUAGAGUCUUGUAUUUACCUUAGACACAUAUCAUCUUUUUUUACCUUGUGAUUAUAUCAUGAUAACCUCAAAUACAUGUAUCAUCACAGUCAACUGGCAUUAUUGUUGAUAUCGUAGGACGUUGAGUUAGUGUCUUACAGGAGUUUGUUCCAGUCAAACAUUUCAUAAUGUUCGUGGAGGACUCAGCUACUGUCUAUAUUAGCAGAGUGUCCAUAAUAGCUACUGUAGCUUGUGUGGCAGGAGUCUAAAGGGGAGGGAGAGGGAGCGAAGGAAAGGCUCCCUUCCCCUCUCAAACUUUUCCCCCCUUCCUCCCCCCCUCCCCUUCUUGUGCCAGCCACCCACAGUAAUGGUGAGGGACCACCCAGAUUUAUGGUAGGAACUAGAGGGGAGGGAGAGAAAAGGAAAGAGGAGAAUAAGGGUAGAAAGAAAGGCUCAGACCCUUCCCCUCUCAUACCUCUUAUGGGUAGAAGGGCCUAUAACGUGUUGGCUUAUACAUGAAAGUGAGAGGGGCUUGUAAACAGAGGUUAACAGUAUGCAUGUACAGAAUAGAUUAGGUAUUCAGUAUAGUUCAUGUUCUGGCAUCCUCCCACCAGAGACUGGGUAUGUUGACAUCAAAACAACAGCCAAUGAGAGUCAUUGGCUGGUACCAUUCUCACCCUCAUAUCACUGUCUGGCCUUCACAUGUUGGUAAGGUAACUAUGUCGGAUCAUCAUACGUUUCUGGGAAACUGCCCACCUACCCCUCCCCCUAAGCCAACAUUAACACUUACUUCUCACUUAGGGCAAAAUGGCGGCUUAGGGGAGGGGUAGGUGGACAUUUGUAACCCAGAAACGUAUAAUGAUCUGCUGUUUCUAGGAAUUCAAAGUCACAAUCAUGAUCUUGUUUAUCAUUAUCUUUGUCACCUAUAGUUUUAUUUUUCAUCAUUGCCCUAUUCACAUUAAUAUUUUGUGACCAUCGUCAUCAUCGUCAGUUUCCUCAUAAGCAUUAACCCAUUAAGCCCCAGUAUCCACAUACAAAUUCUCCAAACUGAUCUCCAUACAUUUCCUUAAAUAAUUAGUUGAGAGAAUUUGAUAAUAGAUCAAGGCAUUUCUCUUGGGUGAUCAUUUUAUUAAUUCACAUAACUUAUCUCUUGACAGUGUAUGGAUGUGUUAGGAGAAAAUUGAUCUUGGUCACUUUUGGGACUUAAAGGGUUAAGUCUGGUUAUAAUUUAUGUUGUGAGAUGAACACUUUAAAGUUUGCUAUUUAUACUAAAAAUUCAUCUUUUGUUGUCAUCAUUGUUUUCACCAUAAUCCUCAUUAAUACCCUUAUCAUGCUCAACAUACAUGUAUCUUUGCCUUGUUUUGUGGAUUGGUUAGAAAUGUGGAUUUUUCUAAGAGUAAACAAAAGAAAUAACUUUCAACUAACCAUUGUUCUUUCUUUGUUGUGUUAAGAUCUGCAUACUCAAGCAAUGUAUCAAGUUAUGGAUGCAAGAUUUGUUGGCCUUAUCUUUUCUUGUUUCAAUACUGAUCCCAAUUUGGUGAGUUUACUUGACAUUGUGUGUGUUAACCCUUUCAGCCAGAAAGACAUAGAGGAUAUUAUAUGGCUACAUGGUGUCUUGUAUGACAAAUAUUUUUCAAUGUGAGAGGAGAAGUUUCAUUUCCCAAGUGGCCAUGUAAAUGUUCUGUUUAUUAUAUAAACACCAGUACCAAUUGCACUUUUUUGCUGCAAAAGGUGAGAUUUGUUAUGUAGCAAUAGCAGCAGUGACCUUUUUAUGUGUGAAGAUGAUAUGUUAUUGUCACGUGUGAAAAUACCACAUUUUUGUGCGGUAAAACCCAAAUGACACCAUCAUGUAAUAAAGACAGGCAUAUUUUAUUGUCUCUUGUUUUGAUUUUUUACAUUUCGACCACUUCCCAAGUAUCUCACAAGUACUCACCAUUUUUUCUGUUUGAAAUGCCCUCCAAAUGAGCAGAUUGCCCUUGGACUUACCUGAAGAAAAUUCUGGACCAUUCUCUGUUCCAUGUAUAUUUUAAUAAAUUCAGUUUAUGUGCAUUUCCAAGUAGGCUUAAGAAAAGAACAUUAGAAUGAACAUGAACAGCAUUGUCUGUUCUUACAAGCAUUAAUAAAUUAUGCUAAAUAAGUGAAAAAUUAUAAGUAUAAACUAAGACAGGGUAAACAACGCCAACCCUUAAUUUUGUUUUCCAGGGUGGUCAUCUGAAGGUGUACUGUUUUCAGUCUCUAAACACAAGGCCAGAUGGGGGAACAACACAGUAAGUUCUGUAGUUCAGAUGAAGUUAGUGGAAGCAAUCACUGUGGCCAUUUAGGAGCCCUAAAUGGUAGUUCUUAACAUGGCCAUUUCACCUGGCAAAGGUGGCUUCUCCAGGUUAAAAAAUCUCAAGUGGUUAAGAGUUAGUUAGUAGUUAGGUUCAAAGGUCACGGGUCAAGGUGGUAAUUAACUUUGAGAUACAGUGUAAGGAGGAAUUCUGUCAAGAUUCUGAGGAGAAUUCCGGUUUUCUCUUGCUAGGGGGUACUCUUUUGUGUCAAAGUUUCACUAGCACUUUUACAUUUUAUGAUAAUGAUUUGUCUUGUUCAUCUCAGAAAUCAGAGAGUAGAAAUUGAACUUCAAGUCGUUCACACCGAGGUUUUGUCAAAAGCAACGUUAAACAGUUUGUCAGAGCUGCCCCAAAUACUCUCAAAGGUGAGAUGCUCGUUAAUCCACUCAUAAAACAAUCCCCUCUAAUUUCUAUUUGUGACAUUUAACGUAUUGUUACCAUGUGUUUUGUUAUGUGGCCUUGUAGGAGUGCGCCCACCCCCCAAGCACUUAUUCAGGCAUUUACAGUAUUUGUUUAUUUAUUUUUAAUAAAAGGGCUACAUGUACGUCACAAGGAUAUCAAUUUUUUACGUCAAUUUUGUGAUUACGUCAUCUCUUAGUGCCGCAAUACCCGUACCCAUGCUCUUUGUUUGAGAAAUAGCUCACGAACAGUUAUUAAGAAGAUAUACAUUGUAAAAGUAAUUCAUGAAAGAGCACUACCCGUUAUCCUUUUUGGUGAUUUAUGCAGACGUAGAGCUUAAAUCUGCCAAUUUUUUCAAGUUUGAACCCACUUCCAGCGUCGCCAUCCUUAGCAACAGACGACAGGAAACAGUUGCAGUACCUAAAUGUAGUCUUAAGUAACGAAACUGGAUCAUUAUUUUUGAAAUUCAAUAGAGGCGAAGACACGUUAAGCUUUUUAACAGAAAUCAAAUAGCGUGACCUGAGCAUCUGGAGCCGCAGGCAAAGUUAAUUUUAAGUGCUAAAUCAAUUCACUUCUGUUUUAAGGAAGAAGAGGAGGCGUACAGAAAAACAUUGGAGUAAGUUUAAACAGUCAGUUUUUUUUCCAGGUGAUAAAAUUAAUAGGGGGCCAGGGCCAUAGCCAGUAUGAAGCAAACCGAGGCACUUGCCUCAGUCAUUUAAGGUUUGAUUCCAGUGUUUUGUUUAAACGUAGUCAUCAUAAAGACCCUAAGUAGCUAGGCGGGGAUUUCAACCAUGGAUAUUGCCGCAGUCCUUAUUUUUUUCUGGCUACAGUCCUGGGGGCUAUUAAACAAGACACAAUCUUUUCGUAGGGGAGAAGGGGUCUAUAUAAAGACGCCACCAUUCUUUCCGUGGAGUGGUGGGGUCCUGCCUGUUCACUUUUUUUGGACCACUUCCAUUAGUACUAUAUUAGGGGGUAACCCCCAGGGAUGAGCAAGUGAGCAAUAACGCGUGUUUGCUAGAAAGAUAAGACGGACGAGAGCCAAGUUUCCACGCUGACCCGUGUAAUCACUCAUUUGAAGAGAGAAUACUCACAUAUGCAGUCUACGUCACUACUAAAAUGGAGGCAGUUUAAGCAGAAACUCAUAUGGUUUAAGUAUAUCCAAGCAACCAUUUUUUUCGUCUUAUUCGUGAUACAACAUAUCUUUCCAACGAAAUUUCUCAAAAGCUUGACUACUUUUAGAAGAUUCUCAAAAAGGUGGUCCAUUUGUGAAGCGGUCGAAGAAGCGUCUCCAAUAUUUUCUCUUAAGAUGACUCGAAAUUGACAAUUUCUACAACGUGAAGACCUGUCUUGUACCGUAGUCGCUACUACGUGACUAUAAAAUGCGACUUUUCUCCUAUUUUUUACAAUCAUUGCUUUUUAUCAUCAGUUUAAAACCCAUCAUAGAUUGUUUGUCACUCUAUCACGAAAGUAUUUGACGCUUCUGGUUUUUCAGUAAUUACGUCUUCCCUGCGUUUUACUAACAGCGAAAGCAAAUGACCGAGAAACCCCGUAGUCACUGUUUGGGUACCGCUUGAGCUGAAAGUUGGUGGGCUACGUUGGCGUUCUCUCCCCAGGACUCCGCAUCCAUUAUCCAAACUCGCUUACUUUGUCCUUUUGUUGAAUUCUGAACAAAAAUAUCCAAGUUUGAAAAGAGAAAGAGAAAUUCGUCUUUCAUAUGUUUACGUUGUCGAUAAAACGUGAAAUUAGGGCCUCUUCACAUGAGCCCGGUUGACUGGGCUGGCCCGGUUUCCGAGAUCUCGCUUUACCUCUAAAUCCUUCGUAAAAUUUGCGAUGUGUUCAUAUGAGUAGGUGGGCUAGCUCGGCUCCCGAGAUCUCGGUUUUUCCAACCGAGAUCUCGGUAAUCGGGCUGGAAAUUUUGCCAUAUGAACACUUCAUCCCGGUUACCGGGAUGAACGGCGGGAUGAAUUCUCGUGGUCCGGAUGGCAUCGUCUUGCAUUGCCUGCUGUAUUUUCUUCAAGAGUUACCGAAGCCCGAAAGUAAAAAAUUUUGUGUUUCUCCAUGUUUGCUUUGUUUCCCAAAUUUGGCGCCAAAACUCGUCCCCAGGAUCUUUGACCUUUUUUCAUCUCGGAAACCGGGCUGAACUUUCUCAUAUGAACCCAAGGCGAAAUUCAUCGCGGUAACCGAACCAGCCCAGUUAACCGGGCUCAUAUGAAGAGGCCCUUAGUCAAUUCACGUCGUAAUCGUGCAGUGAAAUUUAUGCAAAAAGAGCGUGAUGCACGUGCAAAGUUGUUGUUUUGCCAAUCUUGACCAGUUGCCAGUUUUGACGUUCUAGUUGCCGUCGCGGUAGUAUCAUCUUAAACUCCCUAUUUUUUUUGCAAGUACGAGAAAUGCUGUCAUUUGUAAGACUAAGCUUUUUAAGGCUAAGGACGUGUAUACACUGUAUGUUGUGGUUUAGUUUUCUCCUUGGUUUAAAUUCUUUUUCCCAUUGUUUCAGACUCAUUAUCAUACAUUACCAUAGCCAAAAACAAACUGAGAAAAAUAGAAUUUAAACCAAGAAUAAAUUUGAACCACAACAUAUAUAAUAAUCUUACUGACCAUGCGUUUUAUAAUUUUAUUCGAAUUAUUAUUACUUACAGUUCCCAGGACCUUUUAACUGCCGUCCACAACAGCUCAGGUAACCAAAUGUUUUCACCACUGUACUCUCUCCUCUCACUAAAAUUUUAGCCCGGCUGUACAGCAAGCGUUUCUGUGGAACUGAGGUAAGCGGCCAGAUGAGAGGAGAGACUGGGAACGAGGCGAGUCUUCAUGGUCGCUACGGUCGUGUUGUCCAGCAGUCUUUACGAUCCUAUGAAAACGAGACUUGAUAUAGAACUGAAGAAUACCUCGGCGGUCGCCGUUGCAACGAUCCAUAUGAUCGCUACAACCGUGGGACAGUUGCUCCAACUUGAAGUUUUCAGCAAACCUACUGAACGCAGCCGAUCUUAGCGAAAAUUUGGAAACCAAUUGCCUUAGGGCGAGUGAAUCGCUCUAACUUUGGCGGUUUUUCGUAUAGUUUGUUUGCAGGUCCGCCUUAAAAGCCCUUGCUAGGGCAGUCGGUGGGACAAUAAACAGUAUAAAAGAGUCAGGGAAACGAUGGAGCUCGUUAGCCGAUGGGACCCGCAACUGUGAAAAGGACUCAUUAGUUAAACACACUUUAUCGUUCCCUUUAGGAGCGGGCUUAAAAAGUCAAAAAAUUAACAUGUGUUCCUAGCUGGAGCGUUUGACUGUCAUGUACACCGCAGACUAAGUUCUAACAUGUUUCUUGUUAAUUUCUUUAGUUUUUACCAAGGCCCUGUGCCAGCUGAUGGAGGUUAUGUGUGGACCGCUUCUUCAAACGCUGGAAAACAGGUUACAAGUAAAUCUCAAGAGAACAGCUGCACUGGAAACAGAAAAAGAGACAUUAGACAGAGAAAUAGAGAAACUGAAAACUGAAUUACAGGCUUCGAAAUGAAAUGCUUUGUACUGCUAUCCACCAUGAGCUAAGGUUAUAUUCAGUACAGCAGGAUUUAAUAUCGGGGCGUGUACGAAAGUUCGGGUUCCCACAGCCUGCAUGCAUCCCAGUUUCGUUUCCGUUUCUGAGUAACCGUUCAUAAACCAACUAUUUUGUUAGCUGGAAAACAGGUCGUUCCCGCGCAAAAUUGGAAGAUGCAGUGGGCGCGGGCAACGAGCAUGUCACGUAGUUGUCCGCGUUGAACGACGUCAUCAUGACGUCAAUGACGACAAAGAUAAGCAAGUAGCAUAACGUGAAGUUUUUAUGAACGUUUCUGUGGGACAUGGUGGUGAAAAAUUUUCAGUUACCUUGGACAGAUCUUUAAAAUCAUAUUUUUGGAAUGAUAAUAUUUUAAAAUUUAAUGCAAAAGACUAAAUGCCUCAGUUCAAAGAACCUUCUCAACUAGCGCCCAAUCUUUGAGCCCAGUGAGGAAGACCUUUUUUUUUCGUUAAGGCAGACCUUGUUGUCGGCGAGUCUUAUGCACACCUAAACCUCUGUCACACUCAAGUAAAGAUCAGAAACCAGUCGUGCACGAGGAAAGUCUGACGAUGGUGUGAUAUCUUCUUUAAGAUUUCUUCGUUGGAUGGUGAGUGGAGGAGAAGGGCGUGUGAACAAAGGCUUAUUCAUUAAAGCGGUGAACAAGUCAAUGAUCGCAGAUGCUCCAGUCAGGAAUACAAAUGUGCAUUUUAGUAUAUUCUAGAGUCCGUCAUCACUUUCACUAAUGCAUUUUUUUUUUGUUAAGUUUUAACGGUUUAUAAAUUCCUUUCUGUUUGUUGAAUAAACGUAAGCUUUAAUGUAUCUUUUUUGACGCACAUAUAGCGUUUAGUCUAC